AUGAUGAAGCCCCUCGAGAUAAAGAGAAGACAAAGCAAACAGUUGGAGGACUCACUGCAUCAGCAGCUGCAGUUUACGUGUCUUAGCAGCAGCAGCAGCAGCAACAGCAGCAGCAGCAGCAUCAGCAGCAACAGCAGCAGCAGCAAGAUGGCAGCAGCACACGAAGACUUCUUCAAUGGUAGAGGCAGCGAAUUCGACAUGGUGCAGCAGGAGGAAUUCGUGCUGGAGAAUGUAGAGGCGACUCAGGAGCAGCAGCAGCAGCCCGAGCAGCAGCAGCAGCAGCUGCUGCAGCAGGCUCUGCAGCAGGAGCUGCAGCACGAGCUGCAGCAGGAGCUGCAGCAGGAGCUAGACCAGCAGCAGCAGCAGCAGCAGCAGCAGGACAGUGAUGUUUUUCUCAACAAUGGUGUUGCGUUUCCUUCUGCAGACAGCCAAAUGAGAAGCCCUAAGAGGGAAGACAUGCAGCAGCAGCAGCAGCAGCAGCAGCAGCAGCAAGAAUUUCCAAGUCUCUCCGGAUCCCAGCCGACUGCUGCAGUUUAUAUGAGUGCGGAGGCCCUUGCGGAGCAGCAGCAGCAGCAGCAGCAGCAGGCACUGCUGCAGCAGCAGAAGCAGCAGCUGCUGCAGCAACUGCAGCAAGAGAUUGAUGAAAGGAGACGAGAAGAUGAGGCAUUGAGGCAGCAGCAGCAGCAAAUAGCAGAUGAAGAAAUUAAACAAUUUUAUGAACAGAGAGAGAGACACCUAGAGAGACGCAAAGCACAACUCAGAGCGAAGGCAGCAGCAGAAGCAGAAAAAGACAAAGCCAGCUGCGGCAGCAGCUGGGCACGGGUGUUGUGGCUUGUCAACAGCAGCAGCAGCAGCAGCAGCAGCAGCAGCAAAUCGAGCAGCAGCAGCAGCAGCAGCAGCACUGCAGCAAAAGAUAAGGACCGUGCUGAGGUAGGAAGGAUGGGGCGCCUGCUGCUGGAGCUUGCAGCCGAAUCCCAGAAGGCCUAA